AUGACAGAAAAAAUCCUGGAAAAGUUCGAUGCCCUGGAGGAGAAAGAAAGGAUACUUGAAGCUAUCAGGAAAAGGAAUACCAACCAUCGAGAAAAAAAAAAGCCUUUGAUUACACCCCUGCUCUUUGACCUUCAUGCAGAAUUUGGAGACACAAUCACCCCAUCUGCAUCUAAGACAGUAGCAAAGAUCAUAGAAGAUAAACCACAAGAUCUUAAGAACUCAAAAAAGCCUGUGUCUUUCAAAUAUAAGCCUAAUCCCAGAAGUGAUUUUGAAGCGUCAGAUUUAAGACCACCUAUUCUUGGAACAAUAAACUAUGAAGAAAGUAAAUUAAUCGAACAUAAAGAAGAAAAUCGAAAAUCAGGACGUAUAUCUCUUUGUUAUCUUAAGGAUAAAGAUGAGACAGAAUAUGCAAAGCCCUUGCCUUUUCCACCACCUCGGUCUAAACACCGGUGUAAAAAAUCAGCGGAGUCUUCAAUCCUGUCUCCCAAACUUACCAAUGAAUCCAAUGCUAGUAAGAAGGAAAAAGUCUCUCCUUCAUUUACAGACCAAAAUGAAAGAAGAGCCAAGAAGUCUAGUAAAGCCAGGAGAAAAUACCCUCCAGAGGUGAAUAAGUUUAUUACAAAAGGAAGUGAGUUAACCAGAAAUGACCAAGCAAGAAAGUCUCAUCCAGCCAAACAGAACAUCGUGCUUCCCUUAGACUGUGAGGAUCUACUGAAAGAUCCAAAAAUAAAGACAAUUGACCUUGCUCCAAAAGGGACAAUACAUACUUCCAUGGAACAAUGCCACACAAGUCCAAUAAUUUUCUAUGACACUGAAUAUGUACAAAUGCUGUUCCUGACAAAAAGGUUUACCCCCUAUGCUAUGAAAUGUACAGAAAAGAAUAUUGUUUUAGAAAAAAAUUAUGAAGUAUUCAAAGCUUUAUUUGAUGAUGAACCAAGUGCUCUUUCUAAACCUCAAAGUACUACUGCUAUAGUCCAGCAGAAACAGUUGGGAAUCUUCUCUGCUAAAAAGGCCCAAGAGAAUAUAAACGAGAAACAAAAGAAGAAACAUGACAGUCUGGUUUCAAAGAAAACAUCUCCGAAUACGCUUUAUAAUUUAUCCCAAACUUUUUCCAGCUUAAGCAAAAAAUUUGUUGGUUACUUUGAUAAAGAUGUUACUCAAGAAAAGAGUGAUCAGGCAGACAUAUUUGAAAUGUUUUCCAAAACAAAACCACCACCCACACGCAAAUUUACUACCUUACCUAUCAAGUAUGACUCCAAGCCUCUGAAAAAUAUAAUUGAAAUACGUAAACUAAACAAUAUAACCCCAUUGGAUGACCUGCUAGACUUGAAUGCAUAA